AUCAAAACAAAACAAAAACAUCGUCUCUCAUGGAAAACAGAUUGCAGUUAUGUAAAAAGACGACAUGAUUUGCACUAAAUAGCAAUGAAAUUAAUUCCUAGGACUGUAGGACACGAAAGUCCUUGCACAAAUUAUAUUUAUGUGGAUUUAACGUACAAAUUGGGCGCCAAAGUGAACCAAGAUUUACUCUGCGAAACGGUUUUUCAUCUUUGGAAAGAGCCAAACAUUUUCUUUCUGGCCUGACAGCUYUUAUCAUUAUGUCAGAAACAGUUGGUGAUUUCUGCUACAGUAAAAAGGACCUUAUAGGCCACGGAGCUUUUGCUGUGGUUUUUAAGGGACAUCAUAGAAAGAAAGAGGACUUUGUUGUGGCAAUAAAGGUCAUCUCUAAAAAGAACCUUUCGAAAGCACAAAGUCUAUUGGCCAAAGAAAUUAAGAUCUUGAAGGAACUCCAACAUGAGAAUGUGGUUGCUUUAUAUGACUGUCAGGAACGUCCAAGUAGUGUAUUUCUAGUUAUGGAGUAUUGUAAUGGUGGAGAUCUUGCAGAUUAUCUUCAAGUUAAAGGGACGCUAAGUGAAGAUACUAUAAGAAUAUUCCUCAAACAAAUUGCAUCAGCCAUGUCUGCACUUCAAUCAAAAGGUAUUGUCCACAGAGACUUGAAGCCUCAAAACCUUCUUUUGAACCACUCUGGCAGUGCAAAUCCUCUACCAUCGGAGAUCAAAGUGAAAAUUGCUGACUUUGGGUUUGCAAGGUUUCUUCCUGGGGAAAUGAUGGCUGCAACACUGUGUGGCUCUCCUAUGUAUAUGGCACCAGAGGUGAUUAUGUCCAAAGCUUAUGAUGCCAAAGCUGACCUAUGGAGUCUGGGUACCAUUGUCUACCAAUGCCUUACUGGGAAAGCUCCUUUCCAGGCAAAUAGUCCUCAAGCCCUUAAAAAGUUCUACGAGAAGAACAAAGGUGUUUGUCCCAAUAUUCCUGCUGGAACAUCCCAUCACAUCAAGGAUCUACUUACUGGAUUGCUAAAGAGGAACCCUAAGGAUAGGAUGGACUUUGGUGAAUUCUUUUCACAUCCUUUUCUCAGUGGAAGAAUUGUGCAACGAUCAUCCACACCUSUUGCUGUUCCUUCAAGACAUAGAAACUACAGUGGGUCUUCACAUUCAACUGGCUCUAGUUCUCCUAGCUAUGGUGCUGAAGCAUUGGGUGAUAUAAGAGUAGAGUUACUGGCAGGAUCCCCUCAAGAAAUGCCAUUCGCCAAUCCAGGAAGUUUGGAACACAGUCCUGGAAGUCCUGGAAAUGCGCACAGCAACAGAAGUAAAAGGUUAUCUGCUGGCUUUAUGCGUAACUCACCAAAUCAGGAUGAUGACCUGGAACCUGAGGAUUUCGUAAUGGUCCCAAACGCAAUCGAUACAAAUGAUUGUACUAACAAGACUCGAAUGGGUUGGGAUGCCUACUUUCCAUAUGAGUGCCAAUCACCACCCUCUCGAAGCUCCCCUAAUUCCAACUCUCCGCGAACGYCUCCUCGCCGUGCAACGUUUGUGGUAGGAUCACCAUCGUCAUCAUCCAACUCACCUCCUGUUGCCAUUCAAAGACCACGAACCAGAUCUACUAAUAGUGAACCGACAGAUAUACAACGAUUAUAUGGACAGUCGGCUCCUAUAGGUGUUCCAGUUCCCCGACGAGUUAGAAAGUGUUCAUCCCCAGGUCCAGCACCCAAUAUCUCCYCAGGCUCYUUACCUUCUCAACCUAUACCAGUACCGCGCAAAACCUCUAAGACGAGUAGCUUGGACAAAACAAUCACUGCUGUAACACAAAGGUCGCCACAAAGCUCUAACCAACGAAUACAGACUACACAGGGUGMAUCUACAGUAAAGCCAUCUACCAAUACGUCACCAGGCGGAAGUGAAACUUCCCUAGUAACCGCUGUUGCUAGGACGUUGAGUGAUAAUACCAAAGGGGGACUWUGUAAUCUURCUGACUUGAAUACAGUACCUAUCAAUUCUGGUGGUGAUAACGAACUGCUUGUACGACCUUCUGGGACCAUCCAGCGYGCUUUGUCAAAUAUUGACCGCACACGAAUUCCAUCUGAUUCCUCGUCACCCCUUCUGUCAGCCCUAGCAAGACAAACGAACCCAGGGUUAAUGCCUUUAGAAGCUUUAUCAGAGCGAACUGAAGAAAGGCCCAUACUGAAAGUACACAGUUCCCCCGCCAUACUGGCAACAGCGAUGGGACUUCCUCGAAACAGGUCUUUUAGUCUGAAUACCACAGGUCAACUCCGGUUGGGAUUGGGAACCACUCAGAGGAUAAGACGUCAUUCAAGCGGGCCGACAAUUUCUUCAGAAUUUGAACAAGGCACACUUCAGUCUACCACCCCUCCGUAUUUACCACCUAUUCCAGGCUCCCCAACAAAGUCYUCGAGUGUUACACAGGGUGACCAGCAAGGGGAACUAAAACCUCUAAAGGGAUUGUUUUUUGGAGGGUCAAGUCCUCCUCCCAUUGCGGCAAUGAUGACAGGAGAUAUAAUCCCUUUCAAAUCUCUCCCUAAAUACGCCGGACAAGAAACAGUGUCCAAUACUGUUUCGAAUAACGUGCCAUCAUUAGUCACCCCUGGCAAAGGUACUAAAGUAACUCGAGGAUUUUCCGAGAGUUUUUCUGGAACUUCUGGUCAUGAAGUYCAACCGUUAUCUCCAGACAUGGARGGUACAAUCGCUCUUAUAGCACCAGAAUUACCAGAAGAUACUUUGAUGGAGACUGAACAUACUGAUGGAGUUCGCAAAUUGAAUUUCGCGCUGUCUUUGGCGGACGCCAUUUUGGAAGUCAUAGGAGCUCGACGAGCCCCGCUGACAACGAUUGCAGAUUCAAUGACUCUACGAAUGAAUGAAAGCCUUUUUACUGACCAAAUUGGAAACAUCAGUGAGGAAUGCAGGUCUACCGAACAGCUUGUUCUUUACGUGAAAACAUUACGUGUUUUAAGCCUUGCUUUGCGAUUUGCAAAAGAGGAGCUGAACGAGAAUCGCCUGAAGCCAUCGAAUGCGGUCAAAAAUGUUGUGAACGACCUCAACGUGCGAUAUCAUCAGUGCCUAGAGAGAACUACACAGAUUAAAACUACUUUGCAAGGAAAAACCACAGCUGGAAAGAUAGUAUCGGCCAAUGCUGACAAGUUGAUUUACAUGUAUGCAAUGGAGCUGUGUCAAAAUGCUGCGUUAGACGAGCUCUUUGGCAACCCUCAACAGUGUCGAGAAAAAUACGAAACUGCGCAGCUACUGCUGCAAGGACUUCAAAGUGAUGUCAAAAAGGAUAGUGACUUGGCUCUUUUAAAAAGAUAUAAAAUGAGUGUAGAUCGAAGACUGGAUCAACUGAACCGCCGCAAGACCGCUGUCAGUGUGCGUUAAAGAAGAGACGUCAUUACAGCCGACCUUCAGUACCUACAAAUUGCAGCUCCUCAUGUUCCAGAAGACCUUUUUGUACAGUACUCUUGUGUACUAUCAAACAUGGUAUACCUGCGGACAUGCAAGGGUAGUCUUCUAUUUAACCGUUAAUUUAUUAUUUUAAUACUGACCUUCAUCUAUUUACGAUAAGUUAUCAUAUAAAAWUACCCUAUCAUCAGACAAGGGUUAAUUUAUAUUCAUUGACUUCUUCAUUUUCCAAACUACGGCCAGAUUUGCUGUUGUAGCAAUCAAACAUUUGAGUAUAGUUCUUCCCAACGUAUGUUCCAUAAAUUUAUAUUAAGUUUUAAUUAAUAGCAUUAAUUGUUUAGUGCAAAGUGACRCAUUAUGGCCGGCUAUAGAAUUCUGGUGAGGAAUAUUUAUCUUCGUUUAAAUGUUUUGGUUUUUAAAAUAGUGUCGAAUCAAUUUCAGAAUAAUACAUUGUCAUACCGGUAGAUUGCGCGAUUUUUGUUGAUGUAUUGGUAGGAAUUUAAAAUGGAAGAUACCUUCCAUUGUCUUCAUAACAAGAGCGUGCUAUAUUUCGUAAGUAGGCGCACGCUCGACUCUAGUCGGGUAUAUUGUACCUGAAAUACUUUUAUUAUAUACUCUUUCGUUGAACGUCUUUAAAAAGGUGUGUUAAAUGUGUAUUGACCAAAAAUUAUAUCAACGAGUGAUCAAGCGUAUUGCUUGUUCAUCUCAGCUUCGAAACAAUACYUGUAAAUAGUUUGUAAUCAUAAUACCAUCCAGUUUUUAGAUUUUUAUGAUUUUCAUCAAGUAAAUACCACAAAAAAAACAUCAGAGAAAGAAAAAAAACUUUAAAAUAUGGAAACACAAUAUAAAAAUAUAGAUAAACUAUGAAUGUAAAAAAAAGAGUGUAAAUAAGAUUUUAAACAAUCAAUAAAUAUAAUGUAUUGCCGAAUAAAAACUYAUGAGACAACUUCA